AUGUGCUUCGCCUGCUCGCGCUGCGAGUACCCUAUCUGCGACAGCAGCACGCUGCUUCUUCGCAAGGUGCGUCAGGGGCCGAGCGAGUACGCCUUUCACUACAACCUGGACGGGCUCCUCGAUCUCGAGGAGGUGCAAGUGCCAUGCUAUAGCGCGGCUGAGGUCGUACACACUUCGGCAGUAGUGUCCGAGUCUCUCAUGAAGUUUCCAAUGCCGCCUGCGGCGCUGGUGGUGGCACUCGAGUCCAUUGUGCAAUCUCGCAAACACUGGAUCCAGCAGCGUCAGAGCAUGAAUGCCCGACUGCACGAGCGCGGCGUCGCGGCGCUGCCCGCAACAAGCGCGGAAGCCUCGAUAGCAGCGGUUACAAGCGGCACGGCUUCGUCAGUUGAGGGAACGCUUUCCACGCCUGCUGACGUGAGCAGGGGCGCGGACGCCGCCCCGGUGGCCGCCACCACCACAGCAGCGAGCAACGCUCCCAUUGUGCGUCGCUACGGGGACACGGCAGAGAGCCGUAUCGACCUUGUGUGCGUCAAGGACAGCGUGCUCGCCGGCGGGGUGCAGGAGUGCACAAAGGACCGCAGCGCAGUGGCCACCACCGUUGUCAGCCCGGAGGGCCAAGGCGCUGAAGAUGGAGCAGAAUCAGCCGCCCAUCGCGAAGACGGAGUAGUCAGAUCGGCAUUGGCGACUGCGCCAGCAGUCAUCCGCGACGCGAGCUUCGCCAACAUCCAGGCAGACGUCAUGAAAGCUGCCACUGCCGCCGCUGCCGAGACGAGUUGGACCUCACCUGGCAACUUUCGCCUCCGUGAAGCAUUCAUUGACGUGAGCCGUACCACGCUUUCAUCACGCGCGCCAUGGUUCCAGGACUACAAGUGCGUGAGUCGGGUGCAAUGCCCAGACUGUCACCAACCGCUAGGCUUUGUGUUCUGCGUCUCGGACUCAAACAAACAGCAGCAGCAGCGCUCCUCCAGUGAAGCGGCAGGGCCGCUUGAGGCGACACUGCAGACACAGGGGGUGAAGCGUCCAGCCACGUCGGAGGCAGAUGAGACGGGCAGUAUCGACGACACUGCCACCCCACCAGACGCCGUCGCUGUCCAACAUAGUAGCGCUGGCCCAGCCACCGCCCCAGUGACAGAAGUAACGCAGCUGCCGCAUGCCAAGAAGACACGAAAUGAAAAAGAUGCACAGGCAGCGGCGUCGGCCAGUACGCGGCACACGUGGCAGGAGGCGCGGCUGCACCGGCAACGCAACGGCGCUGAAGAGUGCCAGGGAAAAAGUGGCAACGAGGCGGAGGACAGGGAAGACGGGGUGCAAGGCGGCGCGGACGAGGCUGAUGACGAUGACGCGGAGGCAGCCCCUGAUCGAUUUGUCGGACUCGAACUGAAGCGCAUUGUUCAGCGCCAAUGGACGCUGAGCGUCUUUCACGAACGCUACAGCAAGUCUCGCCAGCUGCAAACGUUUCGGGAGCUGUUCCCCGAAGCCGAGGAGCUGCAGAGUUUGUACAGCCGCCUGCUGGGCCUGCGCACCCAGACGGAGCUUUACAGCAGUCUGCUACGCCGGCACAAGGAGCAGAACGAUGUUCAGAUGGCACUCUUGAUGAGCAACAAAGAUCGCAUGCACACGUACGACGAGAAGGUUAAGACAAUGCAGCAGAUCAUUGAGGCGCAGCGGGCACAAAUCGCCAUGCAGACGCGGCAGAUUCGAAACCAGGAGGAGCUUGUGCAGAGCCACCGGCGGCAGUUUGCCACACAGAAGCGGCAGAUGGAUGUAGAGCAGCUCCUGCUCGUGCAGCAGAGCAAAACGAUCGAGUCGCAGAAGGAGCAGUUACGCUUGCUCAAGAACCACUUCCAGGCAACACGGCCUGAGGUGUUGCUGGACGCGCGGCUGAGAGGCAGCCCUUGUCCACCGCCCUUGCUGAGCCGCGGCCUACCCAGUGGCACCGGCGGUAUCGAACCGUCGCAGGCUGUCCAAGCGGCGCAGUCGCUUCGACAGCUUUCCGCGAGAGGUCGAUACCGCGAAGAGGCAGAGCACGAUUGGACUGACGCGGAAGAGGGGGAGGAGGAAGGGGGUGGAGAGGGCGAUGGGCGGAUUCGAAAGACUGUGGCGCCGUCGGCGAGCCUCUCUGUCGCGCCUUUGGAGACACCGCCAGCGCACCUCUGCGGCGUGCCCACAUCCUCCGCGUCUCGCCACGGAGUCACCCCCUCCGAAAACGACCAGACGUUGGCUCACACAUCACUUCCGCUUUCCUCGUUCGGUUCCGAAAGAGGAAAAACAACGUAG